AUGGAGCUCAUGGUUUUAUCAGAUCUGAUUAUUUCAACCAUGACAACAUGGACAUACGGUGCAAUGUCAGGAGCAAAUCUCAAUAGCAUCUGUGACAAUUCAACUUACUGCAUAUUCAACUCAACUGUAUCUGAACAAAUACGUAGCAUAUCUAGUCUCGUUCUAAUAGUUAUCAUUCUAAUAUUUGCACUCAUCAUAAUACUCACCAAAGCAUUGCACACUGCAUCUAAAUGGAAUACCAUCAUCAUGAUCAUAACCUUGAUUAUUAUGAUGAUUGGUGUUGGAUUACUGACUCCAUGUGUUGAUACAUUAUUGAGAAUAAUUUCAUCGGGAUGGGUAUGUAAAAUAUUAAAUGCAGUUGGAGAUUGUAAUUCUGUAAAUGAUUGGAGAUAA